AUGGACUCCCGAGGAGAGCGGCUGAGCAUCCCUGGUGUCUGGCUCCCACUGUACUUCGGGGUCUUGGGACUGUGCUCUCUGGUUAUCGGCGGCUGCAUGGUCUUCCUCCACUGGAGGAAGAAGGUUCGGAGGGAAGAGCAGGCCCAGGAGUGGGUGGAGGUGAUGCAGGCAGCCACCUUCACCUACAGCCCCCUCCUCUACUGGAUCAACAAACGUCGGCAGUAUGGCAUGAACACCGGAGUCAGAGUGGAUGUUCCAGUGGCCAGCCCCAAGCCAGAGGCCCUCAAGCCGCUGACUAGCCUCCAGAAAGGAGGGGGCAGUGCCUCCUCAGCAAGAUUCCUCAUGUCCCCGGCCUCUGCGCCACCCCUGGGCUGUUACCCAACCCCAGCACCACACAACCCCAUCUUCCAGGAGGUGACCUUUGCCCCUUCACUGUGCAACGUGCCACCCAUGGUGAACCACUCUGCCUCUUACCCUUUUACCGCCAGUCCUGAGAGGAGUGUCCAGUUUCAUUCUCUGCCAGCUCUGGCCGUUGGCGACUAUCGCUUUAAGUCUAAGGGCUUGGCCUUUGAGCUGUAA